AUGGAUAAAUAUGAAUUCAAUGAGAUUACAAUAGAUCCAUCUAAAAAAUGGAAACAUAUAUUUGGAAAAUUUAAUUUAAGUAUACGAAAAUCUAAAACAAAUCUCAAUGUUUAUAUGGAUGAGAAUCAUAAUAAAUUUACGAAACGAUUUAGUAAAUCAUUUCGAGAAUCUAAAUGGAAAACAAAAGAUGAUAUGAAUUCAUUAAAAUGUACUAAAGAAAUAGAAGAAAAGAAUAAACAUUUCGAUUUUGAAAAGCCUGAGUCAUACAAAGAGACAAAUUCAAUGAAGUGUAAUCCAUACUUUCAACGUACAUCUCAAAAUCGGUUUUAUAGUAGUAUGCAUAACCGCAAGUGCACCACUGAAUUAGUACGAAAUUCAAAAUAUUUAUUUGGAUCUCAAGAAAUAUCACCAAAAACCAAGCUAGCUCAAUAUGAUGUGAAUAUGGAGUUAAUGAAUAAAUUCCGAAUACUUGAAAUACGUGAACUGGAAAAAGAACCGGUUAAUCGAAUGAAAGGAUGUAGAACUUCAGAAAAAUGCGUACAAACAUCACUAAUCGAAGAGCAGACUACAUCAACUGAAGAAAUGAAAGAUGAUACUAGCGAGCCAUCACCAUCUUCACAGUACUCUUCUGGUUACGUGUCAGAAAACACAAAUUUAUUGAAUUCUCCAAAUUCUCUUGGAAGACCUGAAGUUGUAGAAAAGAAUGAUGAAAGUUUUGUGAAUACUCCCAAUAAACACCAUGAUGUUGAGCCGCUUACAACUCCAAUAAACAAAUCUAACCAACCUUACGACAAUGGAUGCUUCAAAAUACCACCACCGCCGCCGCCACCUCCACCUCCACCCAUGUUUCUGCCACCCACAUCUGUUUCAUCAGCUUCAGGCUCUUUGGCUCACACUAUACCUGAAUCCCCAAUGCCAUACAAUAUGAAGCCGAAAAGAACGUUUUCUGCUCCGUUUAGGCUGAAGAAGGCCUGUGUAUCUCCAUUGAGCAAAUCUCGUUUGAAAGAAAAUUCUGUAUGGGUAUUUAUUGAUGAUAGUGAUUUAUUGAGUGAAGAAUUCGUCCGUCAACUUCAUAGAAGAUUUCGGAUCAAAGGAAAUAAAGCAAUGUCAUCAGAUAAACUGGAAAUAGACUGUGGGAGUACUGUAACAUCUUUAUUCAACACCCCAGGUUCAAAAACUAAUCAAAACCAACGAUUAUCAAUACAUUCAAAUGCAAACACGUCCAUAAGGAGAUCAAUACGUUUCGGAUCUCAGAGUCUUGCCUCUCGUACUCAAACAUUGGAUCUAUUGCCAGCGAAAGCAGCUCAGGCGAUAGCCAUAGCUAUGGCAUCAGCGCAUUUAAAUCCAGAGGACGUAGCUCGAUCUAUUAUUGAACUAAAGACAACAGUUAACCUUCGUCGCAGUAAAUCCUUUCCAAAUGCAAAACAUAAAAGUGAAGAUAAAUCGAGUUUCUUGACUAGUACAACCUCGUUUCAGUCGAUGCCCGACACUUUGUUAGAUACCCUAAUCAACUUUACACCUCAGAUGGACAUCAUAUUAAAACUUUCUGAAUGUCAGUUGGAAACCUCGAAUCUCAUUGAAGCGGAGAAACUCUUUUACAUGAUUUCCCAACUUCGCCAUCGACUACCUGCUCAUCUCCAUGCUUUACGCAUGCUUCUCCAAUUUGAUACAACUGUUGAUCAUUUAAAACAGGCACUUUCAUCUGCAUGUAAAUGUCUUUUAGAGAUAAGACAUUCUAAUUCAUUCUGUCGUGUCCUUUCAUGUGCGCUAGCUUUGAUUAAUGCUUUAAAUGCCACUAGACAAUGCUCAGUUAAUGAAUCUACUCAGUUACCAUCUACUCACUCAGGCCUAACAGCUUCGCAUGGAUUCGUAAAACGCAAACCUUUUCUUGGUUUUGAAGUCAGAAAUCUAGUCCGACUAGCUGAUACUCGAGAUAUAACUAACCAAAGGAAUUUAAUCCAUUAUUUAGUAGAAUUAAUGGAACUCAAUUUUACUGAGGAAGCUCAUUCAUGGUCUAACGAAAUGCCUACAUUAGAUGCUGCACAAAGUUUAUACUGCGCAAAAACAAUUGAAGAGAAACUGGUCGAAACGAAACGUGACGUUGCUCGUUUAGAAAUAGAUUUAAGAGGAGUUGGUGGAGUUGCAAAUUCAAACAACACGGAAUGGGUUAUCAAAUCUAAUUCAGAUCCCAAGUCAAAUGCUUUUAAAGCAAAUUUAUCUUUUGGUUUAGUGGUGGGACAAUUUUUAGCUCAUGCAAUGCAAGAAUUAAAGUUACUGAACGAAUUACACAAAACGUUUACCGAAAGAUAUAACGAGGUUGCUAAUUAUCUUGCUUUAGAUCAAGCAAAAUAUACUGCUGAUGAACUAUUUAAUGAUCUGAAAACAUUUAGAGAACUUUAUCGUAAAGCUUGUAUAUCUAAAUAA